GCUCAUUUACCUGACAAUACUCAAGAGGAAUAUACCAAAUUGAUGACCUGACACAAGGCUAUUUCCAGUACCUGAUUAUAUAUAAACCCGGCCACGGUUUGACGAACACCCCACAAAUUAAUAAGUCAUUGGUAGAAAGUGAUUGGAUUUUAUCUAGCUCUUUUAUUUAAGUUCAAUAUGGCAGUUAAAUUAAUAGGAUUUGUAUUGUACAUAACCGUGAUUAGUGAAAUACGUGGCCGAUCAUUGCCUUCAUACAUCAAACCAUGCAAGCGAGAUGACCCUAAUAUUAAUGACUGUUUAAUUAAGUUGAUGGAAAACAUUAGGCCUUAUAUCAGUAAAGGAAUGCCAGAAAUGCACAUAUUACCUUUAGAUCCAAUGAUGAUACCAUCAGUGACUUUGAAACAAGAUUCAGCCGGUUCAGUUAAUUUCGUUGCAUUGUUUACAGAUUUGAAGGGUUAUGGAGCAAAAAAUUUUCAAAUGCAGAAAAUCAAAGUUGGUUUCAAAAACCAAUCAUUGGAGAUCGACUUAAAUUUGCCUUGGUUCAAAAUCGAAUCCAGGUACGAAGUCAAUGGAAAAAUAUUAGUACUGCCUAUUAAAGGGAAUGGCAAAUUCGUUGGAAAUUUUACUAAUGCUGAAGCAAAGAUUAAAUUUGAUUUAAAAAUUGUUAAAAAAAAGAAUCACAAAAACUUUUUUGAGAUUAAACAAAAUAAAAUAAGUUUGGAAAUAGGUGCAGUAAAAUUACAUUUCAGUAAUUUGUUCAAUGGCAACAAACAAUUGGGUGAUCAAUCAAACCGGUUUAUAAAUGAUAAUUGGAAUGACCUGAUGAAGGAGAUAAGGCCGUUACUUGAAGACACUGUUGGUACUAUAGUUAUGGGUAUUAUCAAACCAGUAUUCGAGACAUUUAGUAUGGACGAUCUAUUUCCAGUCUAGGCGACUAGAUGAUAGAAUGUCUUUGUUAUUUUAAAAGGAAAAACAAAUUGUGUUAAAUUAUACAUUUAGUGUUAUUAAUA